AUGGAGGAGAAUGACAUGACCAGUCUAUCUGAGCAUCCUAAGCCAACAUACGAUAUGCAUCACGACGAUUAUGACCGAGAAAGCGCACUACGCAGAGUUCGAACAGCCGGAAGCAUCUCUAUCAGCCCUGAACUCUUUGAAAAGAUCUACCUUUCACCGGCGAAUCGCGUCUCAAGUAACUUGAGGUCCACUUUGGGCAACCCAACACCUCUAGCGCUCUGCGGAUUCCUGUUGUCGCUUAGUCCUCUUUCGAACGUCCUACUGGGUUGGAGGAAGUCCGGCGGUUCUGGAGCUGCAGAAGUGGGUGUGUACUAUUUCUUCGGCGGCCUCUUGAUGGUCAUUGGAUCCGUACUAGAGUUCAUCCUCGGCAAUACUUUUCCUUUCGUUGUCUUUGGCUCAUUCGGCGCCUUCUGGCUGAGCUGGGCGGCGACAUUGACCCCCUUCUACAACGCCUCGAUUGCAUACGAUCCCACACACCCGGCUGCAAGCUCCACAGACCCCACAUUUGCAAGUACUUUCGCAUUCUUUCACUUAUACAUGGGAGCACUGUGUUUCAUCUAUCUCCUCUGCUCGCUACGGACGAAUAUCUGCUUCGUCCUGAUUUUUGUCGCGCUCGUCCCAGCCUUUUCUCUCAUGGCAGCAACCUAUUGGCAACUGGCCGAAGGCAACGCCAGCACCGCUCUGACCUGCCAACAUGCCGCUGGCGGGCUGGUCUUCGCCGUAUGCUUACUGGGCUGGUAUCUACUCGCUGCCCAGCUGUUUGCAAGCGUCGACUUUCCCAUCAAUCUCCCCGUGGGUGACCUCAGCAAGCUAGUCAAAGGUGCCACUGCGAGAGCCGCUGGCCGAGCGGAAAGGGUCAAUUCGAAAGAGAACUAG